GCAAGUCAGACAAGUUCCAGACGGAGCAGGAGGGGAGCCCGGGUUCUGCAGUGAUUAGUUUGUAUGAAACCACGAGCCGAAGGCGUCGACAGCCAAACGCCAGUAUUGAUCCGGACAGUGUUUUGAUGAUAUUCAUCAGCGUUAAUUAGCUAAUUUACUUUAGCCGGAGACUUGUGAGAAGCACACAAAGGGCCGCGUCAUCAUCGUCAUCAUCUUUGCACGAUGAAGAAGGUUGCUCUGCUGCUGAUUGUGUUGCUCGGCGUUGCACAUUUUGCAACUCUCAGCAGAUGUGAGGAUGAUGUUGCAGAGGAGGAGAAGGAGGCUGCUGUUGAAAAAAACAGUGAUGAUGAGUAUGAAGAGGAGGAUGACACCGAGCUGAAAGAAGAGAACGGAGUGCUUGUUUUCACCAAUGGCAAUUAUGACACGUUCAUGGAAGGCAAAGACACAGUGCUGGUUGAGUUUUAUUCCCCAUGGUGUGGCCACUGCAAAAAGUUUGCCCCAGAGUAUGAAAAGAUUGCACAGACUCUUAAGGAGAAUGACCCUCCGAUACCUGUGGCCAAAGUGGAUGCAACAGUUGCCACUGCGAUAGCGAGCAGGUUCGAUGUGUCAGGCUAUCCCACCAUCAAGAUCAUUAAAAAUGGGGAACCCGUGGAUUAUGACGGAGCAAGAACGGAGAAGGCUAUUGUGGCCCGGGUGAAAGAGGUGGCUCAGCCAGAUUGGAAGCCCCCUCCUGAAGCCACUCUGGUGCUGACCAAGGACAACUUUGAUGAGACCGUUAACAACGCAAAUAUCAUCCUGGUGGAAUUCUAUGCUCCAUGGUGCGGCCACUGUAAGACCUUGGCUCCAGAGUACGAGAAGGCAGCCAAGGAGUUGAGCCAGCGCUCUCCCCCUAUUCCUCUGGCCAAGGUGGACAGCACUGUUGAGAACGAGAUAGCAGCACGUUUUGAAGUUACAGGCUAUCCCACCAUCAAGAUCUUCAGGAAGGGCAAAGUGUUUGACUACAACGGACCCAGAGAGCAGCGCGGCAUUGUUGAAUUCAUGGAGGAGCAGGCAGGGCCUCCCUCCCUGCAGAUCCAGGCAGUAAAACAGGUGCAGGAGCUCAUUAAGGAUGGUGACGAUGCCGUCAUAGUCGGUGUGUUCUCCAGUGAACAGGAUGCAGCCUAUGAGAUCUACAGUGAGGCCUGUAAUGCACUGAGGGAAGACUUCAACUUCCGUCACACCUUCAACUCUGAAGUGGCCAAACUGCUCAAAGCUUCGCCCGGUCAGAUUGUCAUGGCUCAGCCUGAAAGGUUCGGCUCAAAGUACGAGACGGCGUCGCACACACUUGCAGUAAAGGACUCUACUUUAGUGUCAGAAGUGCAGGAGUUCUUCAAAAAACAUGCAAUUCCUCUGGUGGGCCACAGAAAACCAAGCAAUGAUGCCAAGCGCUAUACCAAAAGACCCCUUGUUAUUGUUUACUAUGGAGUUGACUUCAGCUUUGACUACAGGAAAGCGACACAGUUCUGGAGGUCCAAGGUGCUUGAGGUGGCCAAGGACUUCCCAGAAUACACGUUUGCCAUUGGUGAUGAGGAGGACUACGCAGAAGAGCUGAAGGGCCUGGGCCUGAGCGACAGCGGCGAGGAAGUUAAUGUGGCAAUUCUGGCAGAUGAAGACAAAAAGUUUGCUAUGGAGCCGGAGGAGUUUGACUCUGACGUGCUGAGAGAAUUUGUUUUGGCUUUCAAGAAAGGAAAGCUCAAACCCAUCAUCAAGUCCCAGCCAGUGCCAAAGAACAACAAAGGACCAGUUAAAGUUGUGGUCGGAAAGACCUUUGAGGAGAUUGUCAUGGAUAAAGAGAAGGAUGUCCUGAUUGAGUUUUAUGCUCCCUGGUGUGGCCACUGCAAGAAACUGGACCCCGACUAUUUGGCUCUGGGCAAGAAGUACAAGGGGGAGAAGAACCUGGUGAUCGCCAAGAUGGACGCCACAGCCAACGAUGUGCCAAACAAGCGCUACAAAACGGAGGGCUUCCCGACAAUAUACUUUGCCCCAAGCAACAACAAGCAGAACCCCAUCAAAUUUGAAGGUGGAGACAGAACAGUAGAGGGCUUCAGCAAGUUCUUGGAAGAGCACAGCACAAAGCUAUCGCAGAAGAGAGAUGAACUUUGAAAAUCUCUUUUGAUGAUUUGCGAAGAACUCUUAAACAUGCUCAGGCAGAGUGUUCGGGGAAGGGAAUACAGUUACUGAGUUAGUUAUAAUUGCAAUGUUCAAUCAGCUUUAAGUUUCUGCCCCAAGACAUUCAGCUUUCUUCUGUAUCUAAAAGCACUGUUGAAGAUGUCAGUCUUUUUAAAUAAAACUCUGAUGGAAGCUUUGGGGGCCAACACUCAAAUGUGA